AUGCAUCUGGUCCAGAGCAUUUACCGCUCUGCAUGGGCAACGUUCUGUCUCACCGGCUUAACCGCAGGUGUACCCAUAGCACCGGCUGGCCACUUAACGGCACGACAAUCCAUCGAGCCAGAUCUCCAAAUCGACUUCAACGCCCUCCUCGACGGGUCUUUAGGUAACCUACCCGCAAUCUGGAUUACCUCCCACAGUCUUCUUGCCGAAGCCGCGCCAUCUUCAAACCUCACGGUUUCUUCUCGCGAAGAUCGUACCGACAAGGAGAAUGGCCUUGUCGCCGCUGCCUUCAUCAGCUCCCUGCUGGUUCCUGCUGCGACCGGCAUCGCAGACAACGGCGUCACUGGGGGUCUUUGCAACGCUAUCAUCAAUGGAGCAGGGGGCAUGGCUGGCGCCGUUGUCGGUCAAGAGGCCGGCAAAACACUUUACCCACAAGGCAACGGCACCGAUGGAAAUGGCACAUCGGCUCCAGAGAUGGAGCAAGGCAUUGUUCCUGGCGCGUUUAUUGGUAGUGUUGUUACCAACAGCCUCGGAACUGCUCUGGCUAAGAGUAUCUGCGACAAAUUCCUCCCCGAUGUUGAAGACGUUAUAAAGGAGGCUGAAGCUGGAGUUGCGGGUCGAGUCGCCAACUCACUGAAUCGCGGUCUCAAAGAAGUCUUGGUGAGCCAACUAGAAGACAUGAAGGUUGAGACCGCGCGGGCAGUACAGUUCGCAAGUCAACUGGAAGAGACGAUUCGCUUGGUCGACAGUACCGGCAGUCUGGCCACAGCUUUCGAAUACCUCAAUCGCGAACUCGCAACCAACACCGCAGAGCUGGCCGAAGCUGUAGGAGCCAAACUAUUGAACAAGCCAGCAAUCAGCAACCUCGUUCAACUGAGUCACAACACGCUCGCCAAUCUACCAGUCGCAGGUGUAGAAGGCAUUGCGCUGUUGCCGUUCGACCCUGCUGCCGAUCCCAUUGGAAUGAUGGCUAAGUUCACCAACCAUUACAGGAAUACCAUGGAAUUUGCCAAAACUCUAGGUGGGAAGAUCCAAGAAGGCGCGAACCGCGUUGCCCCUGCUUUGGAUACAGUGUCCCAGUCGGUUGAGUCAGCUAUGCAAGGUGUCGACUCCAUCAUUCCGGGCACGGCAAACAGACUGAUCAAGGAUGCUACUGGUGCCGCCAGGAAUAUUCUGGACCAUAUCCCAAACCCCCUUCAUAGUCUUCCGAACCCUUUCGACGCUCUAUUCCACCAUGGAGGUCAUGGUAGCGGACACAGUAGCGGCCACCAUGCUGCUCCCGGAUCAACUCACGGCGGCAACGGCGAAUCACACUGUGCUCAAGCCACGGUGACUAUUACGACUACACUUUCGCCUGCUCCAACCCAGACGCCGAAUCGAAACUUGGCUACUCCGACCCUGGGCUCGUGCACCUCGUACCAGGUCAUUCCCACGUACACGACGUUUACACGACACGCGACUGCAGUGAUUACGCAGAUACAGACGGUACCUUCGUAUGUCCAGGUCCCUCAGUACUUUGCAACCACUACCACGCAGACUGUGGCAAAGUAUGUCCAGAUCCCUCAGUACGUGCAAACGACUGUCACUCAGGUUGUGCAGACUACGCAGGUUGUGCAGACCACACAGGUGGUGCAGAUCAUGGAACACUUGGGCGAAAACGGAUGGGAGCAUGCGACAAUGGUGUGGCGUGGCUACCUCUCACUGUCGCGGUCGGCGCCCUCACAAUCACGAGCUCUGUGCUUCGGUCUGGGACUUGUGUGGUCAUUGCAAAAUAUGGCCUGA